AAUUUACUGUAUGGCACGGUAUGCUUACAUGGCUCUCGAAUCACUCUGUUUAAGAAUACUAGUUGGACACUCAUGCUGAUUACGACCACCAUGAUAACACUGUUGGAUUUUUUUUGACGGUGGCGACUGUAGGAGCAGCGAUGAUAGAUUUAACUCUCCUCUGCUGCUCCACCUGCCAGCAGCCAAUGGGUGCGAGGGGCGGACAGCAUCCGCUAGGGGAGUUGUCUUCUUACAAGCAAUCCGAUUGGGCUGCCUUAAAAAAGGGCACAGAAAUAGAAAGGUUUGGCAGUAGGAGCACUUCUAGUAGUGAGCGUGAGGACACAUCAGCAAUAAAUCUGUUACACCUUCAACCAGGCUCCACGCUCCGAGUCCGUGUGGUUAUUAGUAGCCGGAAGAAAUCUUCUGUUUGCUCAGCAUCAGCAACGUCUGGAAGCCAAAAGAGGAUAUUGUUUAGCGAUAAAAAAAAAAAAAGCUUGGCUUAACAGCAAGCCAGAGUUUGCUAAAUACUCAAGUUCAGACAUAUUCCGUGACAUUUAUAACAAAGUACCCACUUAAGGGCUUGUGAAUUACGUUUGGUAGCCACCAAGUUAGCUUGACGCAUUUCAACCUUUAGCUAGAUAUUUGAGGGAAUGGCAUUGGACUUCGCUGCGGGCUGCAUAGGAGGUGCUGCUGGUGUUUUGGUCGGACAUCCAUUUGACACUGUAAAGAUGAGAGAGAGAAAUAAACAACCUCUCCAUGGAUAUGUGACCUAGUGAGGCUUCAAGUUCAAAAUGUGGACAAACCUCUGUACCGAGGGACAUAUCACUGCUUCCAGUCAAUCAUACGCCAGGAGUCGAUGCUCGGUCUGUACAAAGGCAUCGGCUCUCCAAUGAUGGGCCUGACCUUCAUCAAUGCCAUAGUUUUUGGCGUCCAGGGCAACGCCAUGCGCAAGCUUGGCCGCGACACACCUCUCAACCAGUUCCUGGCUGGAGCCUCUGCUGGAACCAUCCAGUGUGUCAUUUGCUGCCCAAUGGAGCUGGCGAAGACACGCAUGCAGAUGCAAGGGACCGGAGAGAAGAAGUCUAAGAGGAAGCUGUAUAAGAACUCCCUGGACUGUCUGGUGAGAAUCUACAAAAAGGAGGGAAUCCGAGGGAUCAAUCGUGGCAUGGUGACCACCUUGAUGCGUGAGACACCUGGUUUCGGUGUGUACUUUCUCGCUUAUGACGUGUUGACACGUUCCCUGGGCUGUGAGCCAGAGGAUCCGUACAUGAUCCCCAAGCUGUUGUUUGCUGGUGGAAUGUCUGGCAUCGCCUCCUGGCUCUCCACCUAUCCCGUGGAUGUGAUCAAGUCGCGUCUUCAGGCGGACGGGGUAGGCGGUGUCCACCAGUACAGUGGCAUUAUGGACUGUGUCAGACAGAGCUUAAAGAAAGAGGGCUGGAGGGUGUUUACACGUGGACUCACGUCCACUUUGCUCCGUGCAUUUCCAGUGAAUGCUACCACAUUUGCCACUGUGACUCUAUUUUUAUUGUACAUGCGUGAGGGAGAAGAGUGUAGCAUUCAGGACUCUGAGCUGCAGUCUGUUCAGCUGCAGCCUCUGCAGCCACAGACACAGCCAACUAGCAUGUGAGCCAUUGUGCAGCAGUGAGCACUACUACAAUCAGCAAAUCUAGAUGAAAUUUGCAGCUUCAUGCAGGUCUAUGAUCUGUUAACUGAUGUCCAUUAUGAGAAAGGUGAACUGAUCCUAGGUAAGCCAAUUGAGCUUCAGCCAAGUGACCACAUGUAUUUUUUAAAUAUAUAUUUUAAGAUAAAGGCGGCACUUGUAAAUAUGAUAUGGUUUUUAAAAGUACUUGUUUUUUGUACACAUUUUAAGUUUUAUGUAUUUUAGGAAACUUGACUGUUACAGUAAUGUACAGUGACAGUUACAGAUGUUCCUAAAAUGUUGAAUAAAAGAAUGUCUUUUAAUGCUGUGUUCAGGUCAUAAUGGGGUAUGUUAACUGGUCCCCACUAUUACACAUGCCUAAACCUGUAGAGUAUUCUGUUAGUUAUUAAUUAUCAAAAAUAGUCUACAAAGUUUGGCAUGUUUGUGAACAUGAAUGCAUUGUUUUAACUGUUUAUUUUUGCAAUUUGAAUUACUGAAAUUAAUGUGAUUUUUAAGAUUUAAACAUUUUGAAAUGUUAAGCGGUUGACCAAUCCAUAAUGUUCUCUCCAUUGUGUCCAGGUCAAGUCAUCCCCUGACUAUUUACCUCCAUAUAUGUGAACACAGCAUUUCAGCAUCUUAACGUAAUGGUUACAAAUACAAAGAAAGCCUUAUACAUGUACAUUCAUAUAGAUAUUGUUGUAUUCCUUUUCCUGAGGUUGCAUGUAGUUCAACUUUCCUAUGAGAAGUCCUAGGAAUUAGUUUCAGGGUGUGUAUGCUGUCUGAAGUUUUAAAUAGUGAAAAUAGUCGUUAGCCCAUUGCAGUAUGACAAAAAUGGUUUAGAUACAGUCAGAUACAAAAUAAUCACGUAAAUAUUAAAUAAUUUUUUUUGAAUUAUGACACAAUCAUUCUCUAAAACCAAAUCUUGUGCGGUUUUAAAAUCUUUUUGUUCUGGAUCAUACAGUGUCCAAAGAAAGCACCUUAUGGUAUGCUAUUAAGCACAUGUACAGUUAAAAACAUUUUUGGCCAUCAAGAUUUUAUUUUUUGUACUUCUCACUGAUGCAAGAUUCUGUUGUCGAGCAAAGCUGACGGCUUGCUAAAAGUGGGCUUUUAAUAAUCCAAAUUGUAUUUUUAAACCUUGUACUCCUUGUUGGUAGAUGUGAUGCACAAUGUUUAGCAGGCUCCACUUCCUCCACAAGGGGGAGCUGUGUCAUUGUCAGACCAGUUCUGUACACACUAGCCUGCGCCACCUAGAGGCAGAGGAAGUAAUAGCGCCUGCACUUUUAAACCUUUUCAGCUGCACACUUUGUCCUUCUUUGAUACAGUUGCAUAUUUUGUAGCUGCUGUUUGUGUGUUAAAGAAAGUACAUUUCUACUACAUCUGUCUCUAAACAUUUAUGCACUUGUAACAUUAUUAUGACAGUUUCAGACAUGUGAUCAUCAAAGACACUAGUGUUAUUUUGUAGAGAAAUAGUCACGUUAAGAGCUUACUAUUCUGCCAAAAAAACAGAUUUUUGUAAGGCUCACAUUUGAAGUUCAAAUGUUCAGCACUAAAGAUAGAUCCAACCUAUUUCGCUACAGAUUCUGCUGUCUCUAAAUCUGAACCUAAAAGUUUUGUCAGUAAUCUUUGGCCAAGCAAAAUGUGGUUAGGACCCCACUGCUUCCCUCUCAAUAUUAACCAGGACAUUCACUAUAGGACACAGUGUCACUCAGAGCCAAGUGACCUACAAGAUGUACUUUACCCAGUUAACAGCUGCUCGAGUUCACAAACGCUUUACAUUUUGUAGGUUUAAAAUGUAAACUAUAACAUGUCAAACACUGAAAAUGCAUUCAUGCACAAAAAAUGCAUUCGUAAACCUACCUACAGGUGACACAAGUAUCAAAAUUGCUGGAGCUAUUACUUUCCCUGCGUGUAGACAGCACACGUCUUCAUGUCUGCAGUUCUAAACUGCUGCUGCUGUUACUUUUCUUAUCAAUUUGGCAGAUGUUAGACUGGUCUGAAACCACUUUGGGGUUGUCCAAAGACAUAAUGUUGUACAUACUGUGAAUUUGGUGUUUUCAUGUCAUCCUUUAAUUAAAAUCCUGUAUUUUUCUGUGUUAAGACUUUAGUUCUCUAUCUUGUCUGGGUUAGUCUGACUGGACCAGUGGAUGAUGCAUGAUUGUUAAUAUCUUUGUAAAAGGGCUGCUUUAACUGUCUAAUGCUGCUUCACGUUCUGUGCAUUUACAUAUGUACAAUAUCUUGCACCAAAGCAGCAUGCACACUAUGUAGUUCUUUGAGAGAAUGGUGAAAUAAAAGUCACAUUUUUUUCUCA